AUGAGAUCGGUAUUCUUAUUCUACCUUGCAGCACUCGUACUAUCAGCAACAGUCGAGGCUAUUCACAAAAUCCCUCUAUAUCAAAAACGAACCAGCCAGUCAGAGUUUAUAUCCGCACCUGCACAACUUGUCCAAAAUGGCAUGAUGGGGGCUGUUAUCGAGGUCGGUAACCCACCACAAGAGCUGACAUUAGCGCUAGAUACAUCCACAGGAUUCAGUUGGAUCCGUGGUACUCAAUGUGUUAAUGGAAACUGUCUAGAUAGAAAGUCAUACAAUGCAAGCAGAUCUACCACUGUUGUUACUGUAGGCAAAAAAUUCACCAUGGAUUACGGUCGAGGUGUUGCUUAUACAACACUCUGCCUUGAUACUUUCCGCUACGCUGGCUUGACAGUAGAGAAUAUGCCAUUUGGAGAUGCAUACCGCAUGGAGCGCUUUGACCAAGGAUUCGAUGGCUUCCUUGGUUUAGGAAGAAAUGUAGAUCUUAAUACAGUGCAAGAACACUAUGCCAAGCGAGAUAUCCCUGAUUCAGGGUUUGUACCUAACGCCUAUCAACAGGGUUACGGUAUGGGUAGCUCUCAAUUUGCCAUGUACACAACAUCUAGCCGAAGUGGAUUCUCGCAAACUACAGCAUCAAACAGUACUCCAUCGACGGGCGUUGCGUCUGGAGGUUGGGGAACAAUCUCAAAGCGACACACAAAGGAUGAUACGCCCGCAGGGUACCUUGUUUUAGGUGGAGUAGAUACAGACGCUAUUCAAGGAAAGCUAUAUUAUGUCAAGGCAGCUGAAAAUGAUGGCUCUGGAAACUGGGCAGUUCCUGUACGCCAUGCCAAAUUUUUACACGAUCUCUGUUUUAAAGUUAGUAAGCAUGCGAAAGCAGUACUGUCUUCAUCCACAGAUGUUAUCGGAUUACCAAAUGAACAAGCUGACGAGUUUGAAAAGCAUUGGUAUGCUGUCUACGAUGAACCAGACAAUACAUACAAAAUACCUUGCUGCUUGAUGGAUAGGCUGACAAGCUUCCAAAUACAACUUGGCAAUAUCACUGUCACAGUUCCUCCUCACUAUUGGAGUUAUCCACGUGAAACAGAUACAUGCUGCGAUAUGUGUCGUACUCAUAUCGGUCGCAGUAGCUCAGACUCGGACUAUGUCCUUGGAUUCUCAUUUACGAAUGCUUUUUAUACUCAGUUUGAUAUCGAAAAAGACAGAAUUGGGUUGGCCAUAAAGAAACACCAUAGACAUGAUGGCCUUGAACUUCAGUGUUAG